UGCAGCCCUGGGCCGAGUUGCUGAAAUUCAUCCCUUUGUGUAUAUUACAAUAUCCUCCAUUUUUCUGCCCUCUAAACAACGAGCCUUUCGCCAUCUUGGGUAAAUUGUUAUUCCCAAGUCUGUCCGUCUCUUUUCGGAGGGAAUGAGUGGAAAUCCCGAAAGUCCUUUUGGAUGAGACUCAAAGUUUAGGAAAUGUUACAGGGACGGACAGUGACGUCAUGUAAAGUUUAAGGGGAAUUUUUCCAAGAGCCUGUGCUUUCCCCCGGAAUUCCUGAUAACAACGUGCUGCAAACGGCGCGUGAAAGAGAAAGGUGCCUAGUUGAGCCUGCACGUUCAGGGAGUGUUAAGACCAACAUGCUGCUUUAUCUGGCGUCUGGGUUUGUAACAGGUUGCGAAACAGCAAUGUCACAGAACUGACCAGGUUCAUCACAGCCAGUCCUGUCUCACUUACGCCAAACGUAAGACUUGGAUCUGCUUUGAAGUGGCUUUUAAUAUGGAGUCUGGGGAGUGGUUAACGUCAUCAUCCGUCUCUUCUACUGCAACUGCCUCGACUCCAGCAUCUUCUACACCAUCUGUAGCUUCAGCAGUAUCGAAGGGUGGCCUUUCCACUGGAGCUGCAUCACUGAGUUCUGCAAUCAACACAUGCGAAUGGUGGCGAGCAGCGGACACACACUCUCGUCCUGGGGCAGCUUUUUUCCCACCACUCUUGGGAAUUCCACCACUGUUUGCACCUCCUGCACAGAAUCAUGAUUCUGCUUCAUUCCACUCCAGAGCUACAGGAAAAAAUAUUCGGAGUAGUACAGAAAAAGGUAUAAAUGGAUCACUGAAUGGGAACAGUACCACUGCAGUAUCUGGUAUCAGCACAUCUGUACUAUCCACUAGCAUUGCAACAUCAGCAGGACAAGUGAAAGCUAUAACCUCAGGAGCAGGAGGCCGUAAAUACAACCAGGAGCAAAACAAAGUUCAGCUUUUGGACACCAGAGCUGACAAAAUCAAAGAUAAGAAGCCCAGAAAAAAAGCGGUGGAAAGCUCUAGUAACAGCGACAGUGAUUCAGGCUCCUCUUCAGACACCUCAAGUGAAGGCAUAAGCAGUAGUGACUCCGAUGAUCUAGAGGAGGAUGAAGAAGAGGAGGAGGACCAGAGUGCUGAAGAGAGUGAAGAUGAUGAAUCUGAUUCUGAAAAUGAAGCACAUUGCAAAAACAAGAACAAGGUGCUAAUGCAUAGUGGUGUAACAGAUACGAAAAGUGAUGGACAAAAACCACAUGAAAAGUCCCAAGAAAAAAGACCACACCAGCAGAUACCUCUUGUGUCUGAUUCCCAGACUCACUCAUCAUUCCAGUCCCAGCAGAAGCAGCCUCAGGUUUUGUCACAGCAGCUUCCGUUUAUUUUCCAAAGCUCUCAGGCAAAGGAGGAAUCUGUGAACAAACACACAAGUGUAAUACAGUCUACAGGAUUGGUUCCCAAUGUGAAACCUUUGUCUUUGGUACAUCAAGCCAAAAAGGAAACCUAUUUAAAACUCAUAGUUCCUUCCCCUGAUCUACUCAAAGCAGGGAAUAAAAAUACCUCUGAAGAAUCUAUCUCUUUGACCAGCGAUGUAAGAUCAAAACGGGAACAAUAUAAACAGACAUUCCCAGCAGCACAGCUAAAGAAACAGGAAUCAUCUAAGAACCUGAAGAAGGUUAUUGCAGCUUUGUCAAGCCCCAAAUCAACAUCUAGUUCACCAGCUCAUCAAAAACUCACAUCCUUGGAAAACAACCAUUCUAAUCCAUUCCUGACAAAUGCACUUUUAGGUAAUCACCAACCCAAUGGAGUUAUUCAGAGCGUCAUCCAGGAGGCUCCUCUUGCGCUUACUACGAAACUGAAAUCCCAGACCAAGAUCAAUGAAAGUGUAGCCAUUUCUAGUAGUGCCCCCUUUUCUUUGCCAGUAAACUUGAGUGCAUGUGGGAAAAAAACAGCUGGUAACCGGACACCUGUUAUGCCCUCUACCUCUCCUGUGUUACCUGGUUCAGGAAAGGAUAAACCAGUCAGCAAUAAUGCAGUAAACGCAGUAAAAACACAACACCGCCUUCAUUCUGCAAAACUGGUGGUGGAGCAGUUCAGAGGGGUAGACUCAGAUGCCCCCAGCAGUAAGGACUCUGACGACUCAAAUGACGAUGACGACGAUGAUGAAGAUGAAGAUGAGGACGAUGAAGAUGAUGAUUCUGAUGAUAGCCAAUCAGAGUCUGACAGCAAUUCUGAGUCAGAUACAGAAGGGUCUGAGGAUGAAGAUGACGAGGAUGAUAAAGACCAAGAUGAAUCAGAUACAGACACUGAGGGAGAAAAACCUCCACUGAAACGGCGUAAAACUUCAUCCUCUGUGAAGAGCUCUUCCAUUGGUCUUGCAGCUCAUUCCACCCCACUUAAUCUUCAAGUAGCAAAGACCCCAAGCUCUGCGCCAGCUGCCUUAUGUCCUGAGUCCCAGCCUGCGGUUUUCCUUGGGACAGCACCAUCUGCUCUUACACCAAGUACACACUGUGGUAUUUCAAAAAGACGACGAGUAACAGAUGAACGGGAGUUGCGUGUUCCUCUUGAAUAUGGUUGGCAAAGAGAAACCCGAAUAAGAAACUUCGGUGGUCGUCUUCAAGGAGAAGUGGCAUAUUUUGCACCUUGUGGAAAGAAGCUGAGACAGUAUCCUGAAGUAGUAAAGUAUCUCAGCAGAAAUGGAAUAAUGGAUAUCUCAAGGGACAAUUUCAGCUUCAGUGCAAAAAUAGGAGUGGGUGACUUCUAUGAAGCCAGAGAUGGACCGCAGGGUGUGCAGUGGUGUCUUCUGAAGGAAGAGGAAGUCAUUCCCCGUAUCAGAGCUAUGGAAGGGCGUAGAGGGCGACCACCAAAUCCAGACAGACAGCACUCUAGAGAGGAGUCAAGAAUGAGACGACGCAAAGGCCGACCUCCGAAUGUUGGUAGCACUGAAUUUCUAGACAACACCAACGCAAAGCUUUUAAGAAAGCUCCAGGCUCAAGAAAUAGCUAGGCAAGCAGCACAAAUAAAGCUACUGAGAAAACUCCAGAAGCAGGAACAAGCUCGAGCUGCCAAAGAAGCAAAAAAACAGCAAGCUAUUAUGGCAGCUGAGGAGAAGCGAAAGCAAAAGGAGCAGAUGAAGAUAAUGAAGCAGCAGGAAAAAAUUAAACGAAUCCAGCAAAUCAGAAUGGAGAAAGAACUUCGAGCUCAGCAAAUUUUAGAGGCAAAAAAGAAAAAGAAGGAAGAAGCAGCAAAUGCCAAAUUAUUGGAGGCCGAAAAACGAAUAAAGGAGAAAGAGAUGCGAAGGCAGCAAGCUGUUCUUCUGAAACACCAGGAGUUGGAGAGGCAUAGACUAGAUAUGGUAUGGGAACGAGAAAGGAGAAGACAACACAUGAUGCUUAUGAAAGCCAUGGAAGCACGUAAGAAAGCAGAAGAAAAAGAGCGGUUAAAGCAAGAGAAACGUGAUGAAAAAAGACUAAAUAAAGAACGUAAACUGGAACAGCGAAGACUGGAGUUAGAAAUGGCAAAGGAGCUAAAGAAGCCUAAUGAAGAUAUGUGCUUAGCAGACCAGAAGCCUUUACCAGACUUGCCUCGCAUCCCAGGCCUUGUUCUUGAUGGAAGCACAUUUUCAGAUUGUCUCAUGGUAGUGCAGUUCCUGCGUAACUUUGGUAAAGUUCUUGGCUUUGAAGUGAAUGUGGAUGUCCCUUCCCUGAGCGUUCUACAAGAAGGUUUGCUGAACAUAGGGGACAGCAUGGGAGAAGUACAAGACUUGCUUGUAAAGCUUGUCUCUGCAGCAGUUUGUGAUCCAGGACUUGUUACAGGAUACAAGGCUAAAACUAUUCUUGGGGAACACUUACUGAAUGUUGGUAUCAAUCGGGAUAAUGUGUCUGAGAUCCUGCAGAUAUUCAUGGAGGCACACUGUGGGCAAACUGAGCUGACAGAGAGCUUGAAGACAAAAGCUUUUCAGGCACAUACUCCAGCUCAGAAAGCAUCAGUACUUGCUUUUCUUGUCAAUGAGUUAGCGUGCAGCAAAAGUGUAGUAAGUGAAAUUGAUAAAAACAUUGAUUAUAUGUCAAACUUAAGGAGAGAUAAAUGGAUGGUUGAAGGCAAACUUCGGAAGCUUAGAAUAAUUCACGCCAAGAAAACUGGUAAAAGAGAUGCUACAGGAGGUGUUGACGUAGGAGAGGAACAGCACUCUUUGGAAACACCAACACCAGGCCGCAAACGCAGACGAAAGGGUGGGGAUAGUGAUUACGAUGAUGAUGAUGAUGACGACAGUGAUGAUCAGGCAGAUGAAGAUGAUGAGGAUGAAGAGGACAAAGAAGACAAAAAAGGAAAGAAGGCAGAAGUUUGUGAAGAUGAGGAUGAUGGGGACCAGACAGCAAGUGUUGAAGAACUAGAGAAGCAGAUUGAAAAACUGACAAAGCAACAGAGCCAGUAUAGAAAGAAGUUAUUUGAAGCUUCGCAUUGUUUGCGUUCCAUGAUGUUUGGUCAAGAUCGUUACAGGCGUCGAUACUGGAUCCUGCCCCAGUGUGGUGGUAUUUUUGUAGAAGGCAUGGAAAGUGGUGAAGGCCUAGAAGAAAUUGCAAAAGAAAAAGAGAAGUUAAAAAAUGUAGAAAGUAUGCAUAUCAAAGAGGAAGAAUUUGAGACUGAAGAAAAAUUACACUGUUUAAAUACAACUCACUGUGAACAAAAGGAAGAUCUGAAAGAAAAGGACAACACUAAUUUGUUUUUACAAAAACCUGGGUCAUUUUCAAAACUAAGCAAACUGUUGGAGGUAGCAAAAAUGCCACCUGAAUCUGACACUAUGUCCCCAAAACCUAAUGGCAGCGCAGCAAAUGGCUGCAUGUUAUCUUACCCAAGUAACUCAAAAAACUCUCUCUGCAGUCUUCAGCCUACUGUAUCACCAAGCACCAUUGAGAAGUCUGAUCCUAAUAAUCUUUUCAGCCCUAAUGCAAGUGGGACAGGAAAGUUUUACAGUUCUCCACUUACUCCAAAUGAUCAGUUGUUAAAGACUCUUACUGACAAGAGCAGACAGUGGUUCAGCCUUUUACCAAGAAUACCCUGUGAUGACAUGUCAGUUACCCAUGUAGAUACACCAGCUGCUACAGCUUCACUCACUCCUCCGACACAUCCACCAUCAAAGUCACCUUCACCUGUUCCAUCACCUCUUCUGGGCUCAACCUCUGCACAGAGCCCAAUAGGAUUAAGUCCUUUUGCACUGCCACCAUUGCAGCAGAUGAAGGCUGGACUACCUAUAAUGGGACUUCAGUUUUGUGGAUGGCCUACAGGAGUUCUUACUUCAACUGUUCCAUUUCCAUCUCCUUUACCUGCUCUUGGAUCAGGGUUGGGAUUGUCAGAAGUGAAUAGUAACUCAUUCGUGGCAUCUAGUGUUCCUGCAAGUAAAAGUGAAUCACCAGCGCUACAGACUGAAAAACCAGCUUCUGCCUCUGCUACAGCAGUUGAAGUAGCCAAGGCAGUAGAUUACCCUAACCCAAAACCUAUACCAGAAGAAAUGCAGUAUGGCUGGUGGAGGAUUACUGAUCCAGAGGACCUAAAAUCUUUGCUUAAAGUGCUGCAUCUCAGGGGAAUAAGAGAAAAGGCCUUACAAAAGCAAAUACAGAAACACAUGGAUUAUAUCACUCUGGCCUGCAUCAAAAACAAGGACGUUGCAAUUAUUGAUAUCAGUGAAAAUGAAGAUAACCAGGUAACUCGAGAUGUUGUGGAAAACUGGUCAGUAGAAGAACAAGCCAUGGAGAUGGAUCUUGCUAUUCUUCAGCAGGUGGAAGAUCUAGAGCGGAGAGUUGCAUCAGCUAGUUUACAAGUUAAGGGUUGGCUGUGUCCUGAACCUGCAUCAGAGAGAGACGACUUGGUAUAUCGUGAACAUAAGUCAAUUACUAGAUUGCACAAGAAGCACGAUGGAGAUUGUGCUGGAGGCGGAGAAGGCAAUACCAGCUCUCUAGAGCGGAAGAGUGACAACCCUCUAGAUAUAGCUGUAACCAGGCUUGCUGACUUGGAGCGGAACAUAGAGCGAAGGUAUCUGAAGAGCCCCUUAAGUACCACCAUUCAGAUCAAACUGGAUAAUGUGGGCACAGUUACUGUCCCUGCUCCUGCACCAUCCGUUAGUGGUGAUGGUGACGGAACAGAAGAGGACAUUGCUCCAGGGCUAAGGGUAUGGAGAAGGGCAUUGUCAGAAGCGCGUAGUGCUGCACAGGUAGCUCUGUGCAUUCAGCAGUUACAGAAAUCAAUAGCAUGGGAAAAAUCUAUUAUGAAAGUUUACUGCCAAAUUUGUCGAAAGGGAGAUAAUGAGGAACUGCUGCUCCUUUGUGAUGGUUGCGAUAAAGGUUGCCAUACCUACUGCCACAGACCCAAGAUCACGACCAUACCAGAUGGUGACUGGUUUUGUCCUGCCUGCAUAGCAAAGGCAAGUGGUCAAACUCUAAAAAUAAAAAAACUUCAAAUCAAAGGAAAAAAAAGCAAUGAACAAAAGAGAAGCAGGAAAUUAGCAGGAGAUACAGAGGAUGAAGAUUCUGCAACUACAAGCGCCUCUUUAAAAAGAGGGAAAACAGAACCUAAAAAAAGAAAAAUAGAUGAAAAUGUUUCUGUAAUCCAAUUAAAGCAAGAAAAUUUCACUGCUAUUAAGAAACCUAAAAGAGAUGACUCCAAGGACCUGGCUAUAUGCAGCAUGAUUCUCUCAGAAUUGGAAACUCACGAAGAUGCCUGGCCUUUCUUACUUCCUGUAAACUUGAAACUUGUUCCUGGUUAUAAGAAAGUUAUUAAAAAACCUAUGGACUUUUCCACCAUUAGAGACAAGCUAAACAGUGGACAGUACCCUAACCUUGAAGCAUUUUCGCUAGAUGUCAGGCUUGUUUUUGACAACUGUGAAACCUUUAAUGAAGAUGAUUCUGACAUAGGCAGGGCUGGCCACAACAUGAGGAAGUAUUUUGAAAAAAAAUGGACAGAGAUUUUCAAAGUGAGCUGAAGUUACCAGAAGUCUUUCUUUCUCUUUCUCUUUUUUUUUCUUUUUUCCAUUAAAUGAGGACUGAUAAGACCAGCAAUGUGAACUGUAUUUACAUGAAAGUGCAAGGCACAUGCAUAACUAAUGACUGUUUUUUUCAUUUAAAAUAUCACAGAGUUGUGAUACUAGUUCUAAAGGCUUCACUCCUACAGCAACCAUGGCCCCUUGGUUAUUGGGUUGUGUGUUUUAACAAACUAAUUUAGGUAGAACAGGGAAGCACACCCAAAGAAUUUCAAAGAAAGGGGUGUUAUAGUGCAAUAGCAAUUUAAAAUAUAUCAAAACGCACUGAAUAUUCAACCACCAGAGCUCUACUUGGGGAAAUGGUUCUCUUUUCCCUUUCAAUAAAUAUCUAUUUUUCAUUUUUUUACUUUGUAGUUUAUUUUUUAGUGAAUGUAUUUAAUUUUAUGAAUUAUUUAUGAUUAUACAGCAUUCAGAAUCUUCGUUUUCUGUGAAAAGGAAGAAUUAGAAAAUUGCUUUAAAUCUUGAAAAUACAACAAGGAAUGUUUUAAAAUAUAAAACAAAGCCAAGUAAAACUGUUUACACUGUUGUGCUGUAAAAGCACUAAAAAUUAAACUUUACUGUAGAGUUACAAGUACAUUUAUAUAUAUGUUGCUGGAUCACUUGUGUAGUUAAAUUGUAUUUCAAGACAGUGAAGAAAAAUUGAGACAUGUAUAUACUGUUCAUUAUUGUUUAUAUUAAGUCUUGUUUUAAAUAUGUAUGAUGUGUACAUAUUGUUUGCAGACAUUAUUGUUUAUGCCUUAGGAGGAUGGUAGCAUUUUAUUUUAGUCUUAAGGUAAUUAUAGCUAUAUGGCUUGUACAGUAAUUAUCCUCUACCAACACUGUGGAGUCUCCUUAAUCUUGGUAGUGCCUGCCUUUAAAACAGGGUGUAGGGGAUAUUAGUUUUCCAUUUUUUCUAUUUUGUUAUAUAAUUUCAAGCCACCACGGCCUCAAAUUCAAGUAUAAUCAUUUGUAUCCAUGUGGAAUAAAAUUGUGACAAUUUCCUACGCACACAAUAUUUUUUCAUAGAAACAUUUCCCUCCAUUUGCCUUGCCACAGAAAUAACAAAGACAUUUGUAACCACUGUGUUUUAUCUACUGUGUGUUGUGGUGGCCUGUUGGGGCAGAUAGAUCAGAAUUUUUUUUGUACUAAUGUAACAGUACUUGAAGUUUUAUUUAAAAGAAAUGUUGUGGAAAGGUAGCAUUCUUUUUGUUUUCCUUUUUUAGGAGUGUUAUUUUUCACUAGUAUGUGUGGCACGGAUACAAUAAAAGACUGUUUUGCAAACCAGAUUUUCUUGGCGAUUUUAUACUUCAGAUCCUGUGUAUACAGGAUUUUUUUAAUAUCUUGGGAGCCUUGCAUUUAACGUUCAGUUCUUACUAUGACGCAUCUAAUUCUCCUGGCCUUUUAAUGGUAAUUCAAACAGAAGCCAUUGCCAAGCAGUCAGAGUGCAGUGAGUGUAAAUAACGUUAGCUGAGGCCUUCAGGUAUAACCAUUGGGCUGCCUAGUGUUUGACCUGGUUUUGCCAGUCCUGUUUACUGUUGCUACAGUGUAAAUGCACAUGAUAAUUUAAAUAGAUGCCACAUGUAAUGUUUCUGAAAACCACUGUCCGUUUAAGGUUUUGUUCUUUUUCUGGUCUGUGGACGGGCAGGAAUCAUAAUCCUUGCUCUGACUGAAGCACACAGAAUUACAAAUGAAUAUUGUGGAACUCCAGUGCUGAUCGCUUCCUCACCAAGUAAUGUUUUGGGUUGGGGUUUUUUUGGGGGGAAGUGCUGUUUUUUGCUUUUAAACUAGCCCUUCCAUGUUUGAGUCUUUAAGCCUUGUUUUAUAUACUUCCUUGCCAUUGUACUUCUUGUCUCUGCUGAGAAAGAACAGUCAAUGCCUGAUUUUUAAUAAAACUUUUGUUUCCGUUGUCCUCCCCAGAA